AGAACAGGCUAUAUCUAUUAUCUACACACUACUAAAUAAUAAAUAAAAGUACCUUAACUAAAUAGUAUACACAUUUUUGAAAGUUAGCUACGUUACUUAAUUUGUUAUGAGGACUUGUAUUAAUGAAAAUACAAAAAAAUAUAUUCAAGAUUAUGCCUCUUAUUGGAUUUUCCAAUUUAUUUGUAAUCGUAAUAAUUACCAAGCAACAAAAUGUGUGACCAUUCGUUAUUGGAUAUGCCUUUAGAUGUUUUGAUUAACAUAUUAACAUUAUUAAAAACAUCAGACCUUCGGAAUCUAAUGCUAACUUGCAAAUCUAUGAAAAAUUUAAUCAUAAAUGAAGGUACAUUGUGGAGAUUAAUAUGUCGCAACAGACUUGUUUUAAAGAGCAGUAAAAGUGAGCUGAAUACUUCAUGGUAUAAAAGAUGUAAAAUUUCACAUAACUGGUGCAAAGGAAUAUAUACAAACAAGGUAAUUAUCCAACAUAGAACUAACUACAUGCCCUGGCUGCAGUACUGUGAUUCUGAGGGAUUGUACCUAUCUGUAGGUUCAGAUCUUAGGUUUUAUGUAAUUGAUAAGAAAAGCUUAACUCCUGCUAAGACUAUAUGGUCACUAGAAGUUCCAAUAAUUAAGAGAAUGGAUAUUCGAACCAAUGAUAUUUCAAGAUUCAUAGUUAAAGACAAUCUGAUUAUAUGUGGUAAUAGAGAUGGAUCUACAGCAAUAUACCAACUCAAUGAUGAUAGAAAAUUGCCCAAGUUAUUAUAUUUUAUCAAAGAUUGCCAUCAAGAUGGGGAGGUAGAAGUAUCUGCGGUUGAAAAAAUUUAUAAUACUGUAGUUACAGUGUCAAAUAAUAGCCCAAAUGUAAAAUUCUGGCAAUGGACAUGUGAUGAAAAUGAUGUCACAACAAAAUCAUACAAGACGAAUCAUCAAGUUUGUUGUAAACAAGAAAUUCAAUUACAAAAUGAAAUUGGCUGUAGAUGCAUGACUGCCAACAAAGGAGAGGACAAAUUGGCUAUCGGUCUCAAUGGAAAUAGUAAGCCCCUUUUACUUGAUGUCAAUACCAACAGUUUAUUAUUAUGGAGUGCAUCGUCAAGAAAUGUUAAAGAAGUAGUGCGUGAUGUACAAUGGCAUGAUGAGAAUUGUAUAGCAUUUGUCACACAUUCAGGAAAGCUGCAGAUUAUUGACGCGAGAACUUCUAAUGUGGUUUAUAAAACGAGAGAUCCGUUCCAUUCAUCUUUAUAUUGUAUGAAAACUGAUUCCAAUCACGCGAUAUUAGUUGGCUCAUCAGAAUAUUCACGGUGUGUUCUGUUUGAUACACGUACCACGAAUCAUGUGCAAAUAUAUUUCACUCAGAAGAAAUCGUCUCCUGUAUACAGUCUUGAUUUCGAUUCAACAAAACUAUUAGCAGCAGCUGAUCGUGGAGUGGCUGCCUUAAAUUUCAAUGUCAGUGCGUCUAAAAUUCAAACACGAGAUUACUCUCAUACUUUUGAAUAUAUAAUAAGAUAGUUUGGUAAAUAAAUAUUUUUGAUCUC